GAAAGCAGGGAAAACUUUCUGGUCAUCACCCAGAUCCUUCAGUCGCAUGUGAAUCGGUGCUCUUGUCGGAACAAAUCACCCGGUCCGCUCUCUGCAUUCACCAGAUACCAGAAGAAGACGAAGAGGAGGAGAAGGAGGAGGUUUUGUUUUGUAAACACCGCAGAACCCCUUUGUAUUUAUCGUUGCGAGUUUGAAGGCAGACCCUCUGAAAGUUUGAAAAAGUUGCGCGACGUACAUAAACGGUACGUUGCUGCUCGGUUGGUUGUCACACGCGCGGUGGGCCAGUGCUGAUUAGCUGAUUUGAGACACCUGGUGCCCUGUUGUACCUGACGCACGAGCCGCGGCGGGACAAGUUGGGCAACGCGCCGCCGGGUGGAAAGGCGACUCGCGCACCAUCACAGCCUUUUUUAUAUCUAUCUUCUGGUUUUAAAAAAUAUUACUUAAAGAAAAAAACACCAUGUACAGCAUGAUGGAGCACGAGCUGAAGCCCACGGGUCAGCCCCAGUCCCACCAGACGUCCCAGGGCAUGUCCCCGGUGCCGGGCAACAUGACGGGCGGCAUGGGCGGCAACGGCGGCUCCCACCCGGGCUCCAAGACGGCGUGCCCCCCGGGGGCCGACCCCAUGGACAAGGUCAAGCGGCCCAUGAACGCGUUCAUGGUGUGGUCCCGAGGUCAGCGGCGCAAGAUGGCACAGGAGAACCCCAAGAUGCACAACUCCGAGAUCAGCAAGCGGCUGGGCGCCGAGUGGAAGCUGCUCACCGACGCCGAGAAGCGGCCGUUCAUCGAUGAGGCCAAGCGUCUGCGCGCCGUGCACAUGAAGGAGUACCCGGACUACAAGUACAAGCCGCGGCGCAAGACCAAGCCCAUGCUGAAGAAGGACCACCACGGGCACGGCGGCCCCGGGGGGGUGGUGGUGCACGGCAAGUACCCGCUGUCCGCCGGCAACCUGCUGGCGGCGGCGCAGGGGCAGGGCCAAGGCCAGGGAGGAGGCGGCAGCCCCCGGGUGGACGGCUACGGCUGGGGCCAUGCCGCAGGGGGGUACGCCGGCAUGCAGGGCGACGCGCUGGGCUACACGCAGCAGCUGCACCGCUACGACCUGUCGGCGCUACAGUACCCGCCCGCCAUGGCACCACAGUCCUACAUGAACGGCGGCAACGCCUACAGCCCCAUGUCGUACGGCAGCAGCCCCCAGCAGCACAGCCCCGUCACCAUGUCCAUGGUGAAGCCCGAGCCCAUGUCCCACUCGCCGCCCACGGGGCCCGCGUCCGGCCACCACCACCACCACCACCACCGCGGGCCCCUCCAGGGGGACCUCAGGGACAUGAUCAGCAUGUACAUCCCCGGGGGGGACGGCGGGGACCCCACGGGGGCCGCCGCCGCCGCCGCCGCCGCCCAACGUGGCUACACCAGCGUCCAGCAGCACUACCUCGGAGGCACCGUCCCGCUCACGCACAUCUAGACACUGGGUGGGGGGUGGGGGGCGCAGCGACGCAGAGGAGGACGGAGGCGCCAAAGGAGAGAGUGGCGCGGUCUGAGAGGGGGGGGCGUGAGUCCCCGCCCCCCCCACCCUUCCCGCUCGGGAACAUCUGGCGCUACGAGGGGGAGCGGUGGAAGGCGGGUCUGAGGGGCCGCUCCGGGGCCCCCCCCCCCCCCCUGAGUGGUACGGGGACCCCGACACGUCAGAGACUAGCAUUGUAACGUGCGUACGCGCGUCCCCCUUUUUGCACUCGUACCGCCGUACAUAGAAGGGCCCCGAGGUGCUGGGGGGCCCCCCCCACACACAGCCGACGCACGCGGCGGGCACGUUGCCACUGAGGUCUACAAAAAGCCUGUGUAUUUGAAUAUUCAAAACUGCUAUAGUCUACCUCUUGUUUUGUGUUUUAGGUCUUUAAACUCAUUCGUCCCAGAUUCACAAGCCCCCUGUAUAUACACACGCGCGUAUGGACGACCCUCCUCCUCCAAGUGCCAAAAUGUUAAAUGGACUGUCUAUGAAGGACUGCUGUAAAUAGAAGAUGUUUCCCUUUUCUCUGUGUGUAAAUAUUACGACUCUUCUGUCUAGCGUAGGGAACUCCCAAAACGUAAGCCGGAACCGGUGACGUUGCGUCGCAAAUCUCUAACCCCUGCGGCCACUUUCAUGUAACCACAGAUGGCAGCGUUCCCGAGCGGGAACGCCGUUGGUUGUCGAUACGGUCUUCCAGUGCCGCGGUGCAGGGUAGGCUGCGACGUCUGAGACGCUGAUCUGUUGUCUGUUUUGCAGUCCUGAUGCUCAUAAAGUCUACGGAAGGGUGGCUUUCUCAGGUUAGGAUGUGAGGCCAAAGUGACUCGAUAUAGAGGCUGUGCCCACUUGCUAGUUCUCAAGAGAUCGGGGGGGGGGGGGGGGGGGGGGGCAGGUGAACCACUUUAACUUCUCCAGAAAGUGGCUUAUGAAUGGAAAGUCCUCCUGGUUUGUGGGGAUCAGACGGAGCAGGAGCUGGGUCAGCGAUGGGGGCGGAUGUGCCUCUGUAGAACCCUUUUCUAUCACCCUAGGGCCUUGGGUUUAGUUAAACUGGGUUUUCUGGCUGGUUUGAGUUCCUGUUGGACAAUCGAGAUUGCAAUAUCUGAAAUAACAUUGGGUAAUUUGUUUUUAAAUCUCAGUUUUUCCAGUGGCGCACCAGGGAAAACAUUUUACAAUUUGUUUCCUCUAUGGCUAGUCUUUGGCUUCACUGAAAACCCCAUCGAUGGAUUACGUUUCUUAUCCAGUUUGGAAUCGAAAUUUUUGGCUGCCAAUUAUGAGUUAAAAUGUUUGGUGUAAUUUAGUUUUAUAGAUUGGGUUUGUUUAUUUGACCAAUAUUGUAACUUUCUUUAGUUGAAGUGGUUUUGGCAGAGGCCCAAGUUGCUCUUUCUCUUGUGUGCCACAUGUUCUAGGCAGGUGUCUCCCAUUAACCGAAUGAAAUUAAAUGUAAAAUGCUGCAUUUCUGUUUUUACCCCUAAAAUAAAAAUAAUACUUUUUUUAAGCAAAGUUUACUUGACUGAUUUCGAAUCGAAUUCUGUUGAAAUACAAAUUGUUGAGUACAUGUUUUUCCAUCCCAAAUGAUAUUUCUUUCCAACAUUAUACAGUGACUGAGGAGCAUUUUAAAUAGUUUUUUUUCUUUAAUGAUUUGGUUCCUUUUAUCAAGCUUAAUUUUGAACCUGUAUGCUUCACUGUAAAUAACGUAUGGUUUAAGGCUUCACUCUGAAAUAUUUUUUUAAGGGAAAUACAAUAUGGUGUGCAAUCCACUAAUACUUGCAUCAGUGCUGCUAUUGCCUUAAACGGAUCUGUGUUGUAUUUGCAAAAAGACGAAACAUUUAAAAGAAAUUCGUUUUAAGUGAUUGUUUACAUUAAUUACUUGGCUUGUAAAGGGAAAAUUGCAACUUUAACCUAUAGACCUACACUUUAGGCCUUUUCCCACCAGUUAUAUCUCACCACUUUCCGAUGUUUACAACACAUUUAUAAACAAAGUGUUUAUACAAAAUGUACGAUUUUAGAAUUUAACAUUUCUAUUUUGCUAUAAUCCAGCUUGUAAAUUGUGUAAAAUAUUGAGACUUGCAGCAUCCGUGUACAUAAUGUGUAAAGGUCUUGUCAGCUCUUACACUAAGGGCCCAAAAUCUUAAUUUUUUAAGUCAUUUUGUAAUGGCAAAAUAUUAAAAUACCUUUUUUCUUCCCAA